AUGGACUUCUCGGCCAAGACAAUGAAGGCAGAGACGACCACCGCCGAUGGUUUCGCAGAUUCUUCGGUCUCAUCUACAUGUGAGACCCCAUCUACGGCAGAUGCCGAUGUCGCUCACGGAGAAACGACUUCGAAGCUCGAUUUGCGCCAGAGAGCAGGUCGAAUCUGGUCGUACGUGUGCACCAAAGAAGCGUGGUUCGGCAACUACGACUACUUGUACCUCGUCACGCCCAAUAUCCCGCCGUUCAACCGCAAAUACAAAGACAAGACCAUUCCCUUCUACGGCUUGAACGACGAGGUGCCCAUCUUCCUGACCAUCCUGCUCGGCCUGCAGCACGCCCUGACCCUGAUCGGGUCCAUCGUGACCCCUCCGCUGGCAGUCGCGUCGGGCGCCUUCAACCUACCGACCAACCAAGUCUCGUACCUCGUUUCUGUGGCCUUCAUCACCACGGGAAUCGCGACAGCGCUCCAGGUGACCCGGGUCCAUGUCCGGGGCACUCCCUUCUUCAUCGGUACAGGUCUUUUAUCUGUCGUGUCCAACACGUUCGACAUCAUCGCCGUCGCCUUCAGCUACACGGGUAUGCGAUACAAGAACGGCACCUGCCCCGUUGCCGCGGACGGCACUCAGCUUCCCUGUCCCGAUGCGUACGGCGCCCUUCUAGGGUCGAUGCUCGUGACCGUGUGGAUUCAGAUCCUCAUAUCCAUGAUCCCUCCGCGCUUAUUGAACAAGAUCUUCCCCAAGGUCGUCACGGGCUCGCUGCUGCUGCUAGUCGGCGUAUACUUGAUCAACAGCGGCAUGCAGAAUUGGGCCGGUUCCUCCAACUGCAACAACGGCACCGGGUUUUACGCGCUGUGUCCGAACAUCUACAGCCCCAGGCCUCUGCCGUGGGCUGACCCGAAGCUCAUCGGCCUCGGCUUCAGCGUCUUUGUCAGCAUCGUGGUCGUGGAACAAUUCGGCUCGCCCAUCAUGAAGUCCGCUGCGGUGCUGAUCGGCUUGAUUGUGGGCUGCAUCAUCUCUGGCGCCACAGGCUACUGGUCGAGCGAGAAUAUCGACAAUGCUCCUGUCGUCACUUUUCUCUGGGUUCACACCUUCAAGCUGUCCGUGGACGGCGCCCUGAUACUGCCUUUACUCAUUAUGUUCAUCUGUGAAGGUGUCAGCUGCAUGCCGGACAUCCUGGCCACCGCCGAAAUCUCGGGCGUCGAUGUCGAGGGCAGCGAAUUCAACAGCCGGAUCCAAGGCGGCAUUCUAUGCGAUGGCCUAGGCAGCCUAAUGAGUACCCUGGGAACGGGUCUUCCCAUGGUUUCCCAAGCCGGAAACAAUGGCACCAUCGUGCUAACCGGUUGUGCUUCUCGACGAGCGGGCUGGGCAGCUUCCAUCUUUCUUAUCCUCAUGGGAUUCUUCGGAAAAUUCGGUGCGGUCUUCAGCGCCAUGCCGCCAUCAGUGCUCGGGGGCAUGCAGGUCUUCCUAUACGGCACCAUCGCUGUUGCCGGUAUUCGAGUUCUGGGAAUGGUGCCGUUUACUCGACGCAACCGCUUCAUCUUGACCGUCGCUCUCGGAAUCGGGUUCGUCGACAUUGUCACUCCCACCUGGUUUGACCAGAUUUUGGAUUACAGCGGCUCAAACAUCCAUCUCCAGGGAUUCGAGCAAGGGCUGAACCUGAUUGUCGAAACGCCGUUCAUCAUUGCUGCGGUGAUCGGAGUUUUCCUGAACCUGGUUCUGCCCAACGACAAGAGUGCGAUGGACGCCAUGAUGAACAACAACAUGAACUCGAAGGGUGAGGUAAUCGCUCUGCCACAGGUAGAGGGGUGA